UGCCAAUAUUGCCAUUGGCAACACUGAUGAGUAGUUAAGUUGAGUCUUGAGCCUGAGUCACUUGAGUGUCAAAAAUGUUUAUGAAAAGUAAAGAAAUUGAAUCUUGUACAUUGUGCAUUAUUUUAUGAAAUGCAAAUAUUUAAAUAAUUUAUAAAGAAAAUAUAUGUAUUUUUUAAUUAGUUUUAAUUCGGAUAGAUAACUUUACUAUACUUCAAAAGGUAACGUGAAUCAAGAUGAAUAUGAACAUGCUGAACAAUUCAACUAUGCUGAUGAACAUAAUGCCGGAGGUUGAACAAAUUAUCAGCCAAUUGGAGAGAGGCACUCUUGUCACUAGGUACUAUCCAAGGAAACGGCCGGAGAAAAAAACGCUCAUGAUUCGUCGGGAAACGCGACAGAUAUUAUGGGCUCGAACUCCAAACACUAAAACUUUUGAAGGAGCAGUGGAAAUGCGAGAAGUAAAAGAAAUAAGACUGGGAAAAUGCUCAAAAGACUUUGAAAAAUGGCCUGAAGAAAUUAAAAGAAUUGAACAAAUGCGUUGUUUUAUAGUGUUUUAUGGAUCAGAAUUCAAACUCAAGUCGUUGUCUAUAGUGGCCUUUUCUGAGAAGGAAUGCGAACUGUGGGUUAGAGGCUUAAGACAUCUGGUACCUGAUACAAUUAACGCAUCCUAUCCUCUUCAAGUAGAAAGAUGGCUGAGAAAGGAAUUCUAUGCCAUGGAAAACUCCAAAGAAAUCGUAACAUUGAAAGAUCUCAAAGGAUUUCUGCCUCGAAUCAACUGUAAAUUGUCAACAAAUAAACUGAGAGAAUUAUUCCAAGAAGUGGAUACCAGAAAACGGAAUGAAUUAGGAUUUGAUGAUUUUGCGGAACUGUACCAUAGGCUUAUGUUUGACGAAGGGACAUUCAGAGAAAGUGUGGAGGACUACUGUGAGAAUGGGCAGAAUGGCAUUGUUAGCGUUCAACAGCUGACCAACUUUCUGAUCAAAGAGCAGGGUGAAAAGAGAGUUGAAGAAAAGCAAGUGUCCAGUCAUAUGAGGGAUUAUCUUCAAGAUCCUCAGCGCAAUGUUGAGGAACCAUUCUUCACUGCCAGAGAGUUCAUGGAUUUUCUAUUCUCAAAACAAAAUGAAUUAUGGGACAAGGCUUUCGAUAAUAUUUAUCAAGAUAUGUCUCGACCUCUAUCUCAUUAUUGGAUCGCUUCAUCCCACAAUACGUACCUGACGGGCGACCAGUUCUCGUCUGAGUCGUCAGUGGAGGCGUAUGUGCGCUGCCUGCGCAUGGGCUGUCGCUGCAUAGAGCUGGACUGCUGGGAUGGGCCCGACGGCAAGCCGAUCAUCUAUCACGGGCACACACUCACCACACGCAUCAAGUUCCUCGACGUGGUCAAGAUUAUCAAGGAGCACGCGUUUGUCGUUUCCGAUUUUCCAGUGAUCCUGUCGAUCGAGGACAACUGUUCGCUGCCGCAACAGCGCAACAUGGCGGUGACAAUGCAGGAGGUGUUUGGUGACAUGCUGCUGGUGCAGCCCGUUGCCAAGCACGAGACGCGGCUGCCGUCGCCCUACAGUCUGCGCCACAAGAUCAUUCUCAAGCACAAGAAGUUGCCAGAGGGUGGAGACGAGGCUUCGGUCAUGAUGAAGCCCGAACAAGGUAAAGAAAUGGACCUGCGAAAUACGGUGAAGAAUGGCAUAUUGUACCUGGAAGAUCCAGUCGAUAAAAAAUGGAAUCCUCACUUCUUUUUCUUGACUCACCACAAACUAUUCUACACGGAUAGUUUCGAAGGUGGACCUGACGCUGAUGAAGGCGAGGAUGAUGAGGCUGAACCUCAAACUUUCCUCAAACUCAAAGAGGGUGUUCCGAACGAUGAGCUGCACUUUGGCGAGAAAUGGUUCCACGGGAAGCUGUUGGGCGGUCGCGCCGAAGCCGAGGAUUUACUGAGAAGAUACUCGCACCUCGGUGAUGGCACUUUCCUUGUCAGAGAGAGUGAGACGUUUGUCGGUGACUACUCGCUCUCGUUCUGGAGACAAGGAAAAGUGAACCACUGUCGGAUCAGGUCGAAACAGGAUAAAGGCCAAAUCAAGUUUUUCCUCAUUGAUAAGAACUGCUUCGAUAGCUUAUACAGUCUGAUCACACAUUACAGAAAUCAUUCCCUCAGAAGUCAGGAGUUCCUGAUAACACUGCAAGAGCCGGUUCCCCAACCGAACAAGCACGAAGGUCAGCCGUGGUACUACCCUCAGGCCUCGCGCAGCUACGCUGAAGAACUACUCAAGAGGGUGCCACUCGAUGGAGCUUUCCUCGUGCGUCCAAGUCUCAAGGACAACAAUACUUUCGCCAUAUCGUUCAGGGCUGAACGAAGAAUGAUAAAGCACUGUUGCAUAAAACGGGAAGGACGGUUGUACACGAUUGGCACAAUGCAAUUCGAAAGUCUAGUCGAGUUGAUCAACUACUAUGAACGCCACUACUUGUACAGAAAAGUCAAGCUACGCAUUCCUAUCACUGAGGAACUCCUAAACAGUACUCCUAUGGAUAGCAUGGAUGAUGGACUGGCUUCAGCCACACCUGGCUACAUUGAUCCGAGCAGUUUCACUUCUAAGAUCACAGUGAAGGCGAUUUUUGACUACCAGGCGAAACAGGACGAUGAGCUGUCGUUCUGCAAGCACGCCAUCAUUACCAACGUCAACAAACAAGAUGGCGGUUGGUGGCGCGGUGACUAUGGCGGCAAAAGACAGCACUGGUUUCCUUCGUCCUAUGUGGAGGACGUGGAACCCCAGCAAGAGAGAGAUGAUAGUUCAGGUGACUCGAUGCUACUGGGCAGUCUUCAGAAGGGCAGCCUCGACGUGAUGGGUGCUGUCGUGGAGAUAGUGGAGGUGUCGGGGGGUGCGGUGACCGGCCUCGAGUGGGUGCUGCGCAUCCAGAACCCCAACCGCUGCACCAGCUUCGAGGUGGCAUGCCAGUCACGUGACCAGGCUCUCGAGUGGAUGGCCGCCAUCGAGAGGACUGCACAGUCGGCUAGUUUCCGGGAGAACCAGAAUAGAGAAAUGGAAAAAACGUGGAGAGUCGCCAAAGAAAUAUCGUCUCUUAUCAUCUAUUGUAGAUCGGUAGCUUUCAAUAUGGAGAGGAUCAAGAAGAAAGGCUUCAUCUACAAUGAAAUGUCUUCGUUUCCUGAGACCAAGGCUGAGAAAAUCAUGUGCCAGCAAGAGAGCAAGUUCUUCUACAAGUAUCACCAGCACCAGCUGAGCCGAGUGUACCCGAAAGGGCAACGCAUAGACUCAUCCAACUACAAUCCAGUUCCAGUGUGGAAUGCAGGCUGUCAAAUGGUCGCUCUCAACUAUCAGACUGCUGACAAGCCGAUGCAGAUCAACCAGUGCAAGUUCCGGCUGAACGGAGGCUGUGGCUACCUGCUGCGGCCCGACGCCAUGUUUGGCGCCGAUUGCGACGCGCCGCAAGCCGCCGCCACGGAGUCAAUCGCGAUUGCGCUGCGCGUGAUCGGCGCGCGCCAUCUGCUGCGUUCGGGGCGCGGCACUGCCAGUCCGUUUGUCGAGAUCGAAGUGUUGGGCGCAGAUUGUGAUCACGGCGUCAAACUUACUACCAAGACUGUUGCUGACAACGGUUUGAAUCCGGUUUGGAACGAUUUCUGUGACUUCGAUGUCCACAAGCCGGAGUUGGCGAUGCUGCGUUUCGUGGUGCAAGAUGAAGAUAUGUUUGGCGACAAGAAUUUCAUUGGACAGGCAACCUACCCGAUUGUGGCGUUAAGAACCGGAUAUAGGAGUGUUCCUCUAAAGAACGGAUUCUCCGAAGAUAUAGAACUAUCUACUCUUUUGGUGCACCUUAGAAUCAGGACUCUAUCUGAGAGGAGAAAUGAGAAGUCGUUGAGAAGCAACAGUACUAGCAGCACAGUAACGUUGGGAAGUAACAGUAGCAGCAACAGAACACAUCUGCAAACAGUCUCACUGUCAUCGCUCUCAUCUGAUCAUUCGGAAUUCACCUUUGCCGACAGUUCGUGCUGACAUUAGUUCCAAAUAAUAUUGUUUUCCAACUACAGUAAAAUAUUACAAAGUUCUAAUUGAACGAUUUUGACUUGAUAAGUGUUGUACAAGACUGAACGUUUUCAGUUGCUGUCUCCAUUAUUUGCAUUUUGUCAUUAUUAUUAUCAUUCAUAGUUGUUGAGAAUGAUAUUGUAUCUAUCUAUCUAUGUUCACCAAAACUGCACAAUAUUCCCCUUCCAAAAAUAAUAGGUGAUUGUUUAGUAUUAAAUGAAAUUUAUUUUGCAAGCAUUUUAGAUAUAGUAUUGAGUGACGGCUCAUAACAUUGUAUGUUUAUUUUUAUGAAUUAGAAUUCGAUUUUUAAUGAAGAAAUUGUCGGUAGGUUUUGGAACGAUUCUGGUACUAGAAGAUGAGUUUAUUGAUUUAUUUGUAGGUUUGAGAACGAAUCUGGUACUAGAUGAAAAGUUUUAUUGAUUUAUUGGUAAGUUUGGGAACGAUUCUGGUACUAGAAGAUAAGUGUUAUUGAUUUAUUGGUAGGUUUGAGAACGAUUCUGGUACUAGUUGAAAAGUUUUAUUGAUUUAUUGGUAUGUUUGAGAACGAUUCUGGUUCUAGAAGAUUUGAUUUAUUGCUAGGUUUGAGAACGAUUCUGGUACUGGAAGAUAAGUUUAUUGAUUUAUUUGUAGGUUUGAGAACGAUUCUGGUACUAGAUGAAAAGUUUUAUUGAUUUAUUGGUUGGUUUGAGAACGAUUCUGGUACUAGAAGAUAAGUGUUAUUGAUUUAUUGGUAGGUUUGAGAACGAUUCUGGUACUAGAUGAAAAGUUGUAUUGAUUUAUUUGUGAUUGUUGUAUUUUAUAUUACUUUAUUCUCAUUGUUUAUAUGAAUCUAGUGACUUGUUACAUGAAUGCAGUUUAGAAACAAACUGAAAGCUACUAUACUGUAAAGCAUAAAUAAUAAUAAUGCUGUUAUUCAAACAAAAUUUUAUUGGUGUUCUAUCAGAAAAAGCCUUUCUACACUAAUAAAUUUUAUCAAUAGAUUAUCCGUUGUAUAUAUUUAUAUGUUAAAAUUUUAUCGUAUGUUAAUAUUUGCAUUUUAAAAUUCUGAGAGUCUACCUAGUUCGAUUAUACGUAAAGUUGAAAAGUAUUUUAUAAUGAGAAAAUUUAUCAAGAUGUAUUUUUAAGGAGAAUAUUGAGCAAAUUUCAUAAGGAUUAAUUGACUUGAAAAUGUAAUGGUAGUCUGUUUGGUCCAUUUUCCAUUAUAUGGUAUCUAGAAAUUUGAGGUAGAAAAAUUGAAAAACUACUUUAUUGACUUUUUGUAACAUAUCAUACCAUUGAUACCUGAAAUUUUAUACUGUUGAUAAGAAUCAUGUCAAUAUAUUCUUAGGAUUUUUAUUAAUUAUAAGUGUUUGAAGAUGGCAAGAGAUUUAUCUCUGAUCAUACUAUACUUUUAUAAAUUAUAUUAUUUAUAUUAUUAUAUUAAGGUACCUAUAUUGCUAAGAAUUAUGUGCUUCCUUAGUUCAAAGUCUUCCAUUGCGAUGUAUAAAUAUUGUUUCCUAGAUUAGUUAAGAUUAAUAUUUCUUACUGUACUGGCAAUGCACCGAACAAAAUAUUUAUAUAAAUUUUGCAGUAAGACCUUUGUUAUUGCGUUAUAAAUCAUUUCUAUUUUUAACUAGCAUGGCCCUGUUGCAUGAGAAAGUUCAACUUAAUAUUUUAGUAAUUUCCUAUUCUAAUAACCAGCUUACUACUAAUAUUAUUAGUUUGUAUUUUCUCAUGCAAUAGGCACCUGGAGCAUUAUUCCAUCUUUUUAAUCUGUCCUCAAGUUAUUAAACAUAUAUUAUAUGCUCGGCCUAGCUCUUGGAUUAAUUUCAUAUAAGCUAUAAAUGUUUGAUGUACAUUCUGUCCGAUUAUCGUUUUGUGAUCCUACCAAGCUCUGGUGCCCUAAAUAACGGAUAACUGAGGAUCUACUUAAUUUGCUAUUAGAGAUGGCGAAUUAUUGAUAUUUAUUAUGCUCUUUCAUUUGAAUUUUGAACAAUUUGAUGAAAAUAUUCAUGUCUCUUUGUACUGGACUAAUUAUUACUAUUGAUAUUUUUUUUAAUAAAAUUGUUGAUUAGGAUAGCCUAAUUGUAGAAAUGUGAAAUCAUAGUUUCCACUCAAUUACUAUUUUCUUCUAAAUUAAUAAUUAAUGUCUUCCGUCAAUUUCCAUAAUGAAUAUUCUCGUACACUAUAGCAUUAUAUAAUAGAUAUUAGUAAUUCAUCAUUGCGUUGAUAAUUAUAAUUUUCUAUAUCUUGUCAAUUAAAAUAUCUAAAAGCUUGAUCGAGAAGUAGUCUUGUUAAAUUUUAAAAUAUGCAUACUUAAAAUUCUGGCUUCCUUUCGUUGAAUGUGGUGAUCACAUAUGAAUUUUAUAAUAAGUUAUCUUCCAAAUCUUCUUUCAUUGAUAAUUUAUUCGUAUAACUGGAUGGUUUGAAUACUACCUAAUUGAUUAAUGCAUUUGUUUAGAAAUUAUGGUGCUGAAAUGUUUCCUUACUGCAUUUUCUGUAGAUAUUUUUAUCCACUUUUCCAAGUCAAGUUUCGUACGAAUAAGAUGUUAUUUAUAUUUCCUUACUGAUUAAUAAACAUUGUAGAGCACUUGAACAUUUAUCAAAUCAUAGUGAAAUUAUGUUAUCUCUUCAUAUUCUAGUUUUAUCAGAAAUUAAUUGUUCUUCAAUAUCUUAAUUACCUGAUUAAUUAUUUCAGUUUGGCGAAGUAUCACAACUAUGAAACCAAAGAUAUGUUGUAGGAUAGUGAAAAUACCUUAAUCAAAUAUGUACGUUUCAUCAUUGUACAAAAUAGGUCAAUUUUAUAAAUGUCUUAAAUGAAUGUUUGAUAAACAAUAUUAUGUAUUUAUGUUUUUAGUAAGAUAAUUUGUAUGUAGAAAAGGCUUGUCAAUUUAAAGAACAUUUUUGCAUUUUAGUAAGUUAUAAUUUUCAAUAAAGUUUUCGAAAUAGUC